UCCCUUCACUUGGUGUCUGUCACACCUGCAGCAGCCUUCCUCUCCUCCCCGGACCUCCACCGCCACUUUGCUUCAAGCCUACCCCUCUCAGCCCCCCCCCCCCACAACAACAACAACAAAAAACUCCCCGGCUUCACCUCACCCGAUCGAGGGGUGUUUUCAAAGAUGCUGGCUUGUACGGAGAUGAUCACCAUGUGCCUGCAGUCGGCCAAACAGAAGCACAUCCUGGCCCAACAGCGACAGGAGCCGCAGCACAGCGCCGGACGAGGUCUUACUAUCUUCCAUGACAUUUUCCGCCGAGCAGACAAAAACGACGAUGGCAAGCUGUCCUUUGAGGAGUUCAAUGCCUACUUUGCAGAUGGAAUCCUGACUACUGAGGAGCUGCAGGAGCUUUUCUUCUCCAUAGAUGGCCGAAAAAAUAACAAUCUGGGUACCGACAAGCUGUCAGAUUAUUUCUCUGACCACCUGGGGGAGUAUCUCAAUGUACUUUCAGCUCUGGAGAGCCUGAAUGUUGCCAUUUUAAAGGCAAUGGAUAAAACCAAAGAGGAGUACCAGGGUUCCAGUGUGUUGGGCCAGUUUGUCACCAGGUUCAUGCUCAGAGAGACGUCCAGCCAGCUGUCGUCUCUGCAGAGGUCCCUGCAGUGUGCCAUGGAGGCCGUGCAGGAGCAGAGCAGCCCGGCCCCGAGAGACGUGAAGGCACCAGAGCCCACAGCGGCACAGAAGAAUGGCAGGCGCUGUGGUCGUAGGAUCCAUAAUAACCUGUGCAUGUCCCCCUCCGAUCCCGGCAUCCUUACCACAGGUGUCUGCGUGGAGGACGGACAGAACUGGUCUUCUCAAAUCAACAGGCUGCAGCAACUGCUGGAUAAGCUGGAGUGUCAGGGUCCCAAGUUGGAGCCACUGAAUGAGGAAGAUCCGGCCGGCACGGACAAGUCUAACAUCCUGUUGGUUCAGAGGCAGAUGACGGCGACCGAUGGAGAUCUGGACAACUUCCGGAAGGUUCUGAAGAGCUACGUCGAGGCCACCGCAGCCCACGGCGACAACCUGCACGUGUCCGUUCAGAAGCUCCCGGGGAAGUCGAGUUACAUAAUGUAUGAGUUCUGGCAAGACCGCGUCUCCUGGAUGAGCUACUUGCAGUCCAACAGCAGCAAGGACUUCCAGCGCUGCGCCAUUGACAUGUUGGAGGACGCCGAAGUAGUUUCUACCAUGUUGCUGCCAGCUUCCUGGUGGAUUAUGACUAACAACUAGCGGCUGAAUCCAGGAUGUCACAUCUACUGCCUACACUGUCACACGGACAAAGACGCACACGCACGCAUCACCCACACACACACACACACACACACACACAGAAGGCAUCCAUGUGUUUGAAAGCAACAGGAGACAGAGACUAUGGCGUCAUCCAGCUCUCCCCAGCAGCCUUUUUAAAUGUCCCUCAGUCCUGGACUGCUCAUUAUCGCGCCGCUUGUAUCGAAGGGGACAGUUGAUCUAAAGACUUCAACGCAAAAGGCUUUUUUUUUCUUCCCCCCCCCUCAUAACAUCCGCUCUCACUUGACCUCCUCUCUCUCUCUCUCUCUCUUUCGCAGUAUUUGUCUGAACUCUGCCAGUGGAGAGAAGAAAAAUUAAAAGAGGCUUGAAUAGGCCGCUACGACACAUCCAGUCGAAUUCGCCGGUAGUGUUAUUGUGCUUUGGAUGAGUUGUUUGAUAAAGUAGGAGAUAAGGGAACGUUUUUCCACAGCCUUUAGCGUGCAUGCUGACGACCGAGGGCCAAGUUCCAGUCCUAGUUCCUUAAAUCCAGGCUGCGAGCGCCGCGUGGCGUGGGAGCGCUGCUUUUCUUUGCGUCAACCAGUGUGCACAGGAGGACUCUAAAUCCCCCCCCCCCCCUGUCCUAACUGCUGUCUAUUGCUAGAUAUGUUACCGCGUAUUUGUGUUAGUGACACCGUCUCCUCUGGGACACGCUUUACAAAAUAGCUCCAAAUGUGUAAACAUUUAACAGAAGUAACACCUCGUGAGGCGAUAUCAUCGCAUCACCCCGAGUUAACAGAAAAUACACAGUAUUCCAUGUGUCAUGUAAUUACUUUGAUAAUUGUACUUUAUUCCAUAUGUAUAUAUGUAACCUCAGAUAUAAUCAUAUUUAUGUUGUAUUUUGGUUCUGUGAUCUAAAGCGCAAAUUGUAACCAAACUGAAGAUUAAAGCUAUUUACUGUUUUAACCAA